AUGGAGCCUCAAAGGCCGAGUUUGAAGCCGGUGGCAUCCUUGUCUUUGGGACGGUAUCACAUUUCUGAGGAGUAUGGCUUUCUUCUUCAGAAUCCUCUGAAAGAACUUCCUGAUCACUACAGGCCUUGGAUGGAAAUCUCCAACAAGCUUCCUCACUUAAUUGAGAGCCACCAGCUCCAGGCCCAAGUCUACAAGAUGCCCCUCCUGGACUGCAGGUUCCUGAAGGGGUACCGGGAGCAACGCCUGGCACACCUAGUACUGGCCGCUAUCACCAUGGGAUUCGUCUGGCAAGAAGGAGAGACCCAACCCCAAAAGGUGCUGCCCAGAACUCUUGCCAUUCCUUUGGUUGAAGUCUCCAGGAGCUUGGGGCUCCCCCCGAUCCUGGUCCACUCUGAUCUGGUGCUGACAAACUGGACCAAAAGGAACCCAGAAGGACCAUGGGAAAUCAGUAACCUGGAAACCAUCGUCUCUUUCCCCGGGGGAGAGAGCCUGCGGGCCUUCAUACUGGUGACGGUUUUGGUGGAGAAGGCAGCGGUGCCUGGCAUUAAGGCCCUGGUUCAGGGAGUGGAGGCCGUUCUGCAACACAGCCAGGACAUCCUGCUCCAGGCCCUGCAGCAGGUGAGGCUCUCCAUCCAGGACAUCACCAGAACCUUGGCCCAAAUGCAUGAUUAUGUAGACCCAGACAUAUUUUAUACGGUCAUCCGGCUCUUCCUCUCUGGGUGGAAGGACAACCCAGCCAUGCCCGUGGGGCUGGUCUAUGAGGGUGUGGCCACAGAACCUCUGAGGUACUCGGGAGGAAGCGCAGCCCAGAGCUCUGUGCUUCAGGCCUUCGAUGAGUUCCUGGGCAUUCGGCAUUGCAAGGGCAAUGCAGGCUUUCUGCACAGAAUGAGAGACUACAUGCCUCCUUCCCAUAAGGCCUUCCUGGAGGACCUCCAUUCAGCUCCUUCACUGAGGGACUAUGUACUGACCUCUGGUGCUGGGUGCUGCCUGAUGGCCUAUAACCAGUGUGUGGAGGCGCUGGUCGAGCUGCGCAGUUACCACAUCAACGUGGUGGCACGAUACAUCAUCUCCGCUGCUGCCAAGGCCAGGAGCAGGAUGCCGAGCCAUCUCUCACCUCAUGCCACGGAGGACAGGGGCACUGGGGGCACUGCAGUGCUGAGCUUCCUGAAGAGCGUCAGGGAGAAGACCUUGGAGGCCAUCCUGCAUCCUUGUGCUUAG